AUGGCGCUGUGCCCAGGAAGGCGGGCGGCGCGGCACCACUCCGCAGCGGCUGGACCGCGGCGGACCCCCCGGCAGCUGUCUGCGGCUCCCGGCACGGCGGCGGCGCCCGGCGGGGACGAGGACGGCAGUGGCGGGGGACAGCCCGCAGGAUCUGCAGGCGACUACGGGGAGAGCUGGUACCGCUCCCGCAAGGGGCUGGAGAGCCGCUUCCAGCCGCGGGAGCCGCUCACCCGGCAGCCGCAAGUGACAGCGGAGGCGCGCUGCAAGCUGGUCAGCUGGCUCAUCCCCGUGCACCGGCACUUCGGCCUUUCCUUCGAGGCCCUCUGCCUGGCCGUCAACAUCCUUGACCGCUUCCUCGCCACCACCCUUGUGGCCGCCGACUGCUUCCAGUUCCUGGGGGUGACGGCGCUGUUCAUCACCUGCAAGCAGGUGGAGGUGCACCCCCAGCGGAAGGAGCUCCUCGCCCUCUGCUGCGAUGCCUUCACCCUCCAGCAGCUCCACAACCUGGAGUGCAUCAUCCUGCACAGGCUGGGCUUCAACCUGGUGGUGCUGGCCACCAGCUUCUUCCUGGAUGGAGGCACGGUGGGCCAACGCAGGGGAGGCGGCAGACGUCAGGAGCCUGGCCGGGGGGGGGUAGCGGAGCUCAGCCUUGCGACUACACUUUCACCAGAUAUGCUGCUGUACCACCAGAGCCCCCUGGACCUGCGGGUCAGUGGCUACCCAGAGGGGCUCCUGAGGAACUGCAUGGCCCAGCUGCAGCUCCUGCUGUCUCUGAACAGGCAGUCCCUGCCUCUCCUGCCCCAGCGGUGGCCCAGAAGUACCCCUGGCUACGGAGUGGCUGCUGACAGGUUCAGGGCCGGGGGGGCGGCUGGACACCGCCCUGCGUUGCCUCCUCGGUAUCGGGCCUCUGCGGGGUGAUAACGGUGAUGACGUCUAUACCUCUAGCAAUGACAGUAUUUGCCUUAGCCUUGAGCUGAGCUGGCUCUGUGCUGACUCAAAACGUUAUUUGUGCUCCAUAGAGUUGAUUUAGAGUUUAAUCAACUAAGCAUUAGUGUCAUUGGAGUUUUAAAAAUUAGAUGAUGUUUUGCAUGUGAUGUUGUUGUAUGUCAGUUGCAUUGUCCCUUUGUUGUUUUUAAAAUCCAGCAUGUAAAUAAUAUACACAGUCUCAAGUACUGUAUUAUUUAUUUGGAGGAUGGUCCAUAAAGAUAAGGGCACCAGAACAAGUGGAAGAACCAAAUGAACAUUGAAUAAACUCUUUUCUACUUGUCACCUGUACUUGUUCAUUUGCUGGUGGUGUGUGUACACAGCUGGGAGAGGAAAUACAUUGGCACAGAAUGAGUUCACCUCAACAGUUAAUUCCAGCCUCCACAAAAAUAAUUAUGCCUGAUGGUAUCAUUCCCCAUUUCAAACUGACAUGUGCUGGCUUGGUAAUGGCUUGGGGGAAAAAAAAAUUAGAUGCACUUACCUAAGUGUAGGAAAAUAAAAUGUUAAGUAAUAAAACAACUAGUUAUUAUUUUUCCAGCAGGUCUGUAAUCCAGAUGCAUACUCUUAAUCAAGUUGGCACUGUAGCAUGGGAAAAAUUCAAGGGAAGAAAAGAGUCAUAAUACUGUAAAAUAUUUUUUAAAAAGACAAUGGCUUAACUUGAAUUCCUGAAGAGAAAAAAUAGUGUGAUUGUAUUUUGUUAACUCUUUUUAAAGUAAUUUUAAAAUAUUUCUGUACAAAGGAAAAAACUCACAGUAAUUAAGGGAAGCAGAUAUGGGGUUUUUUUUCUUAAGGGUCUUCUGAGAAAUGGUAAAUGCUUAAUGUUACACAAAGAAUGAAAAAGCUACUCUUCAGAUUGUAUUUUUGUUUACCUCCACUGCAUUUCAAUCAUAUAUUUAAAUGAAUCUCAUAAAAAUAAGAACCCUUCUGUUAAUCUGUUUGAAACCCAAUACAUAAUGCCAUUGUGCCAAAUAUUAUGGUGGGUUGACCUUGGCUGGUCGCCAGGUGCUCACCAAGCUGCUCUAUCACUCCCCUCCUCUGCGGGACAGGGGGAGAAAAUAAGAUCAAAACCUCGUGAGCCAAGAUAAAGGCAUUUUAAUGAAAAAAAGCAAAGGCCAUGCA